AUGAAAUUUCUAUUACCAACAUUUAUCAUAUUCAUUUACACUUUAUUGGUUUCUGCCUUGCCAACAAAAGAAGGAUCAGAUCCUAAAGCAGCCAAAAAAUACUUGGUUUCUGAUUUACCUGGAUUACAUGAUAAUAUAACUCCUGAUGAUUCCAUACCUUUAAUGUUUGCUGGACAACUAGAAAUAUAUCCUGAAUCCAACACUCAUUAUUUUUUUUGGAAAUUUAGUGAUCUGAACCAAGAAACAAUUACUAAUAGAACUAUAUUUUGGCUUAAUGGUGGGCCAGGUUGUUCGUCUAUGGAUGGAGCAUUAUUGGAAACUGGACCUUUCAGAAUAAAUUCACAACAACAAGUCAUUAGUAAUAAUGGAUCAUGGCAUAAACUGGGUGAUAUUAUCUAUGUUGAUCAACCUGCUGGUACUGGAUUCAGUUAUUCUGAUACCUAUAUCACUGAUUUGGAUCAAGUGGCUAAUUAUUUUUUAAAAUUUAUGGAAGCCUAUUAUGAAUUAUUCCCUCAAGAAAUAAACAAUGAAAUUUAUUUUGCUGGUGAAAGUUAUGCUGGUCAAUAUAUUCCUUAUAUUGCUAAUGCUAUAUUACAAAGAAAUAAAAAAUUACAUGAAGGUGAACAAAAAUAUGAUUUACGUGGAGUUUUAAUUGGUAAUGGUUGGGUUUCUCCUAAUGAACAAAGUUUAUCUUAUUUACCAUUUUUCAAAGAUCAUGGAUUAAUUGAUAUUCAUCAUCCUAAAUGGGCCACAUUAUUAGCUAAACAUGAACAAUGUCAAAAAAUCGUUAAUAAAAUAGAUUCUACAUUUGAUGAUGGUACAGUUCAUUAUUAUGAAGUCAGUUCUUCUACUUGUGAAGCUAUUUUGACUGAUUUAUUGGAAUACACUCAAGAUACAGCUAAUGACAAGAACCAACAAUGUAUUAACAUGUAUGAUUAUACAUUACGUGAUUCUUAUCCUUCAUGUGGUAUGAAUUGGCCUAAUGAAUUGGUAAAUGUGGGACCAUUUCUAAGACAAGAAAAAGUUAUGCAUCAAUUGAAUUUAAUCAAUUUAAAAAAAUGGAAUGAAUGUAAUGGUAAAGUUGGUCGUACAUUUCAAGCAAGACAUUCUAUUCCUUCAGUACAUCUUUUACCUGAAUUGGCCAAAGAAAUCCCCGUUAUGUUAUUUAAUGGUGCUAAUGAUAUUAUUUGUAAUUCUCAAGGUGUUUUGUCAUACUUGCAAAAAUUACAAUGGAAUGGUGAAACUGGAUUUAUCAAUAAAGAUAAUCAAAUAAGUUGGGUUUAUGAUAAUAAAGAAGUUGGUUAUAUGUUAUGGGAAAGAAAUAUUUCAUUUAUCAAUAUUUAUAAUUCAUCACAUAUGGUACCAUAUGAUUUACCCGAUGUGUCAAGAGCAUUAAUUGAUUUAAUAACAGGUGAAUAUGAUGAAAAAGACGUUGACGGUAAGAAAUCAUUUGUCACGUAUCCAUUAGGAUCUAGAAAAGAAAAUGAUGAAUCUAAGAAUCCUGUUGAAAGUCCUUCACAAACUAUAGAUCCAAUAAUAUCAUCAUCAUCAUCAUCGGUUGAGUCUUCCUUAUCUAGCAGUUCAGCAUCUGCUACUGAUUCUGAUAGCACCAGUAGUAAAUUUACGAGAUUAAUCCAAUUAGCAGUAAUUCUUGUGAUAUUCUGGGGGGUUUAUGUGCUUUAUGCAUCUUAUAAAUCAAGACCAUCAUCAAUAAUCAAAAAACCUACAAAUAAUACCAGUAAUAUCACUCGUUCAUCAACUGGUAAGAAAAAGAAUGUCCAAUGGGCCGAUCAAUUGAAUCAAUUUGAAGAUGAUGAAAGAAAUCAAGAAUCCAAUCAAGGAAUCAUUGCUAAAGCAAUUGGUAAAAUCACUGGAUCAAAAGAUACAAGAGGUAGAUAUGCUCCUGUUCACCGAGAAAAUGAUAAUGAAUACAUAGAUGAUAUUGAGUUGGGUGAAGGUAUAAGUGACCCCAAUGUGGAUGAGUUUAUAAUUGGAAGUGAUGAUGAUGAUGAAGAAGAACAACCACGUUCAGAUCCUGCUACACAUAAGUCAGUGAGUUAG